AUGGAGCCAGGCCAGGUUGGGGGGGGGACCCUGUUUGACCCCCCGUGGUCCCCCCCAGGGAUAUUUUACGGCUUCAAGGGGUUGCUGCUGCUGUUGGGCAUCUUCCUGGCGUAUGAGACCAAGAGCGUGUCCACGGAGAAGAUCAACGACCACCGAGCGGUGGGCAUGGCCAUCUACAACGUAGCGGUCCUCUGCCUCAUCACGGCGCCCGUCACCAUGAUCCUCAGCAGCCAACAGGACGCGGCCUUCGCCUUCGCCUCGUUGGCCGUCGUCUUCUCCUCCUACAUCACCUUGGUGGUCCUCUUCGUCCCCAAGAUGCGGCGCCUCAUCACCCGAGGUGAGUGGCAGUCGGAGCAGCAGGACACCAUGAAGACAGGGUCAUCCACCAACAACAACGAGGAGGAGAAAUCCCGACUGUUGGAGAAGGAGAACCGGGAGCUGGAGAAAAUCAUCGCCGAGAAGGAGGAACGUGUCUCUGAGCUCCGCCAGCAGCUCCAGGACCGCCAGCAGCUCCGGUCCCGCCGCCGGUCGUCCAACCCCUCCCGUGAGGCUGACAACCAUUUCUCACCGGGGUUAAGCGCCGCCACGGCCCCCCCGGCCCCCUUCUACCAGCCCAACCUCCCCCUGGUCCGUUGCCUGGUCUCGGAACAAGCCGACAAGCUCGGCCGGGGCAACUGCGACGGUAGCCGCGUUCAUCUCCUCUAUAAGUGACCCUCGGAGGGGCGGGGCUAAGAGCAGAGGGGAGGGGCUAUUUGCCAUGGGGUGGGGUCAGUGGGUGGGGCUAGGCAGGGAGGGCAGAGCCUCUUUGCCUUAUUAAUUUUUUUUUUUUAAAAAAAAGUCUUUUCUUCUUAAUCUGGGGGUUCAUGGCUCUGGCCAGGUCCCCCCCCACUUCCCGCAGGGCUCCAGGUGUCACCUGCCCUCCAACUGUUGUCAGGCGGAAAACUAUGGGGUGGGGUCAGGGGGAAGAAGGGUGGUUCUUAAUUAAGGGGGGGAAGAGCAGAGUGAGCGAGGGCUGAAUUCACAUGGAAACACCCCCCCCAAAACUCCCCUACAGCCACCCCAUGGCCCCUACAGUCACCCUGUCUCCCCUACAGUCAUCCCACCUCCCUCUCCACUCCAGCUGUAGCACACAGUCGGACAGUCCUGCUGACUCGUCCUCCUCCAACCUGUCCCUGCUACAUCCCCACGACGUCCCCUCCAUGUCCCCCCCCCACGCGCUGUUGCGCGCAACCGGAGUUCAGCUCCCGGUGUAGCAAACAACCACCCUGUUCAUCCCCUGUUGACGGUGUUAUUGUAGCCCAGUGUUGAUACAGGUGAUGCGGGGGGAUGCAAGCUCAGGCCCGGGGAUGCAGGUGGUUGUCUCGCAAGUGGUAAUUCCUGUAGUUUAAUGUCAGGCUGUAGUGUACAACUGAGUCUAGUUAAGUCUAGUCAGACUGUAGUGCACAACUUGUACGUACAAUCAAAUCGUAUUGCACAUCA